AUGCCUCUCUUUCUCCACUUUCUCUCCCUAUUCUCUCUCUUCUUCUCCCCAUCAAACUCCCUCUCUCUCACCUCCCAUUCUCUCUCCCAAAAGCCCUCCCUUUCCUCAUCCUCUGCCUCCGCCAAGCUCCCCUUCAAAUACUCCAAUGCCCUUGUCGUCUCUCUUCCGAUCGGAACGCCGCCGCAGCCGAUGGACAUGGUCCUAGACACCGGCAGCCAACUGUCCUGGACUCAAUGUCGCGGCGAGGUAAAUGGAAAAUUAGUGAAGCCAGGAAUUACCAUGUUUGACCCUUCUCGCUCCUCCUCUUUCUCUCUCCUUCCUUGUAACACCUCUCUCUGCAUACCUCAAAUUCCCGAUUUUACCCUUCCCACUUCUUGUGACCAACGUCGCCUCUGCCACUACUCCUACUUCUACGCCGAUGGGACCUUGGCCGAGGGUAAUCUCGUCACUGAAAAAUUCACCUUCUCUAAUUCCUUAAUUACCCCUUCCAUCGUUCUCGGCUGCGCUAAGGCUUCCACCGAAAACAGGGGUAUUUUGGGAAUGAAUACUGGACGCCUUUCUUUCAUCUCCCAGGCUAAAAUAUCCAAGUUUUCAUAUUGCAUCCCGGGUCGAAGUGGGUCGGAUCCAACCGGGUUGUUCUACCUUGGAGACAACCCGAAUUCAGGUAAAUUCAAAUACGUCAACAUGUUGACUUUUCCCCAAAGUCAACGCUCCCCGAAUCUUGACAAACUGGCCUACACCCUCCCAAUGAAGGGAAUAAGAAUAGCCAAAAACCAACUCAACAUCUCGCCAGCCGUUUUUAAACCGGACCCAUCUGGGUCCGGUCAGACCAUGAUCGACUCCGGUUCGGAUUUGACGUAUUUGGUGGAUGAAGCUUACAACAAGGUUAGAGCAGAGAUAGUGAAAUUAGUGGGGCCCAUGAUGAAGAAAGGAUAUGAAUACGCCUCCGUCGCCGACAUGUGUUUCGACGGCGCAGUGGCGGCUGCGGCCGGGCAGGGGAUUGGCGACAUGUGGGUUAUUGACGGAAGUGGAAAAAGGGGUGAUGUGCGUGGGGAUCGGACGGUCAGAUAGACUUGUGACUGAGAGUAAUAUAAUCGGGAUCAUUCAUCAAAAGAAUAUGUGGGUGGAGUACGAUCUGGCCAAUAAGAGAGUUGGAUUCG